ACUUCAAUGUUGUUGGUUCCAUAAGGAAGAAUUAGUGUAACCACAUGUGCCUAUACAUACCUCUCAGAGCAUAUUGGGGAAGGAGAGGGUGGGUCCCUGCAAUUUAGUUGAGGUGGCUUCCCCAUUUCAUGCUAUAACCACUGUAUAAAGUGUGAUUUACAUGUCCUGUACAUGACUUCUGAACAUGUUGGGGAAGAAGAGGGUGGGUCCCUGCAAUUAUAUGAGGUGGCUUCCCCAGUUCAUGUUCUAACCACUCUCCUAAAGUCUCCAGACUUCGUGGAGCUGACUGGUUUCAAGUGUAGGGAAACUGCACUGUCUUUACCACAAGGUUUUAGGGGACUGUAACUGCAUCACAAAGUUGAGCUCUCUACCUCUGCAGGUCUCUGAAGGCUGUCAUUUUCUGUCUAAGGGGCCUGGUGUCUCCAACCAUA